UAGAGCAUUGGGACCUGUGAGGUUGUUAUAGAGUUCGAUAAUCUCAGCUUAUGAUCCGAGGUUCACUGUUCGACGCUCCCUAACAGUGUCAGUUUGUUUUUCCUUUCGAAGCUGAGAAACAGGCCUGUCAGUGCUGACGUAGUUGUGUUCUUGUGCAAGACACUUAACCCUAAUUGCUCUGGAUGGCAUAUAUAUUGCUAAGUGAGAUAGUCACUAACUACUACAAUGAUCCCGACUCAAAAUCAUAGUUGUUCACGGGGAGAUAUUAUUGUACACCAAUCAAGCUGUGAAGCAUUACAUCAAAGUCUCAGAUUCUAACACACUCUAUUCACAACAUCAUGUUCACGUCGAUGGGAUGAUGCACAUUUAGUCACCCAUCGUGGACCUUGGACAUUGGUGUACAAGGCGCCCGCCGGUACGACAGUAUCUGGGUACAAUGAUUACUACUCACACUUCGCUGACAGCACCUCAUCUAGUACUCUCAAUGAUGGGACGGUGUCAGUCAUGCGUGACUUCAGUUCCGGCGGAAGUGCCUUUAAAUCAUCGAAACUACUUCAGUGGGAGUCUGGAAUCACCAUAUCCGCUGUGAGGUUGUCGGUGUUCAAAAACGGAGAGGAGGCAGCCUACGUGGUGUUUGAUGCGCGCGGGAAAGGGAAACUGGACUGGUUCGACUGUAAUAACAUCAUUGGGUCCAGCUACACGGAUAUAGCAUCUUACUCGACCCCAAAUUACUGUGGAUUCUCACCGUAUACUUCUGGUUACAAACGAAACUUCUACAUCAACGCCUAUGGUACCGCAUGUUCAUCAACCUAUGGUUGGAUAAUGUUUAAGGAUUUCAACGCUAAUGCCGGAUGUUCUGUGUGGGAUCCGCAUUCAACUACUCUGCCAUACAUAAAGUACUCGACUGGCACUACGCUGCAAAAUUUUUAUACUGGUUCAGUUUCCAGCGGCGACAGCUUGGCUAUAUUUAUCAUGGAAUGGCACAUGGUAUUCAAGGGAGUCCAAGGUGUGACCCCAGCGGCGGGAUCCUUGGUCACUCUAUGGACAGGUUCUACCGUGGAAAAUGACAACGACAACACGAAAACUACGAUAACAACAUCGCCCAGUGAUACAGUGAAAUCAAGCCUGGUGGAGGACUGGGAGGGAUAUUUCACCAUGAUCGAUAUGGUGAAGUACGCCUAUUUCACGAGCGGAGAUGAAAAGGCCUAUGUUGUGUUUGAUGGACGGGGGACUACUAAGACCACCUGGUUCGCUGAUGGGAAGGAGAUAUAUUCCAGUUAUAGUGACGUCACAACUGAUACUCCAACUACAAGUGGCAUAAAUGGGGAUUCCUACCGGAAGUUUGCGCUUAUACGAACUAGUAGUUCCUGUGCGGGUCUCUACGCAUGGAUGAUGGUCCUGGACGUUGGAGGAAGUGCACAAUGUUCUUUUGAUAACGAUGUUCAGACACGCCCCUACUUUUUAUAUAGCAGUAGCACAACAGACAGUCUUGCACAAUCAGGUGGUUCGUGGUACUCUGCUGGCUUUCCUGCUGCGCAUACUCUUGGGAUUUUUGUGAAAGGUUUUUAUCCCGUAAUGAAGUGGGCGAAGGGUCAGGGUAUAUCGCCGGCUACCAGUGUCUACAACUUAUGGGCUGGGACUCAUACUUUGAAUGAAUUUACAACUACUGCCCAUUCGUUCGCGGCCUCCACAGCUACUUAUAAAUCUAGCAUUGUAGAUAGUUGGACAAGCUACUAUAUCUCGGCGGUGCGUGUGUCGAUGUACAAAAGUGGUGUGGAACAGGCCUAUAUAGUUUUCGAUGCCCACGGAACUGACAAAACAACCUGGUUUGAUUGCGACAGAAUCCUGUAUACGAAUUACGUGGACCUCAACAGACGGACAUCCUCCCUGGUUUACUGUAGUAUUGCUGGAGACUCCUCUCAAAGUAGGCGGUUUUUCGUCGAGUACGUCUACAGUAGCUGUGACACAGCGGGUGGAUGGAUAGGAGUGUUUGAAGGUUCUUCCUGUAACUAUGACAACACGGAUACUUCACCGUUCGCUAUGUACAGUGACACUGACCCUGCCAGAUACGAAUAUAACGUCAAUAUGGCUGUCGCCGAUACUUUUGUCAUAUCCAUCGCCAUGGACGAUUUCUGUGACUUCAGUCCUUGCAAAAAUGGCGGCACGUGUUACCACCGAGGUGUGAAGUAUGAAUGUGUCUGUGCUGGGGACUACUAUGGACUGGACUGCGCAGAUCUCGACGGUAACUUCACAACCUGGACGAAUUGGGACACAUGUAGCACCACGUGCUACGCCUGGGGGACACAAAGUAGGACAAGGACAUGUACUAAUCCCACACCAGCCGGUCCUAACGGUCAAAGCUGUACCGGGGACACUUCAGAAACACAGAAUUGUAUUCCAGACCUGGCCACGUGCUCAGCAUACAACACCGGAAACAUCCAAGUCGAUUCAUCCUACACCAUGGUCUGUAGAGACGGACUUUACAUAUUUGUAUCUAGCGCCUUCUACGGAUACUCCAGCACGUGUUACGAUACAGAUCCCCUGUCUGACGUCAGAGUAGCAUGUCAGGGACAAAACACAAACUGCACCAUUACAUUUAAUGACGCUACUUUCGGCGGAAACCCGUGUUCAUCACAUUCGGUCACGAAAUACGGUUCUGCCACGAUGUACUGUGUUGAUUCUUUGAGAUUAUCUACAUUCCAGGGCCCUUGGCGGCUGGUGUUCAAGGCUCCCUCCGGAACAGCGCCCCCUACAGGUUAUGCUGACAUAGCCUCGUUUUACCUGUCAUCUGACACGUUGAACGAUGGCACAGAGAGCGUCAUGACUGAUUUCUCAUCAGGAGGCUCCAUCUACAAAUCCGCCCUUUUGAAUGAGUGGGGUGUCAACAAGACUUUCUCAGCUGUUCGAUAUUCAGUUUACAAGAAUAGCGAAGAAGUUGCGUAUAUCGUUUACAAUGGACAAGGGACAGCCAAGAACACAUGGAUGGAUUGUAGUAACAUUCUAUAUUCUAGUUACACAGACAUAACGACAGUUUCUAAGGACUAUUGUCUGAUACAGUAUACCGCUAGUACGACAUUUAAACACAAUUUCUACGUAAGUUCAUCAUACGGUGGGUGUAGUGCCGCAACAGGAUGGGUAUUCCUCAAAGACUAUGGAUCCACAACGGGCUGCAAUGCCUGGGCUCCGUACGAUGGUUCUAGGACGGAGCCCUAUAUUGCAUACUCAACAGCAAGCACACUGACAAACUGGAAUGCAGGAAACAUGGACUACGGGGAUGCGCUUGGCAUAUUUGUUCAAGACUGGCAUAUGGUAUUCAAGGGCGUUGAUGGCGUCACUCCGACUGCCGGUAACCUGGAAACCCUCUGGGAGGGGACAACUACAGAGUAUAAUGGUGACGAGACUGUCAAGACGGUCAGUAAAACACCAGCCGUCUCCUACAAAUCGGCCGUGGUUGAGGACUGGUCAAGUAACUGGACAAUCAUUGACCAGGUUCGUUAA